UGUGAGUAUUUCCAGAUUCCCGCUUCCCUUUUCUUCGGGAUAUCCUUGGAUUCGGGGUUUCCCAGGAAUUCUCCCCCGGUGGUUCCUCAUUCUGGGCAUGAAUCGCGGAAAAACAUUCUAUAACCCGCAAAAUAAGUUAUAAGAGUAGGUAUGUAUUGAUUCAGCGCUGAGGUGUGUUUUAUAUGAGAAACAAAAAAUCUCGAAAUUUAGCAAUAUUUAGGUUGCUUUAUUUGAUAUAGACGGAGCAAGCAGCGCUGGGGAACGUGCAGGGUCACUGCCCACUCCAUGCUCCGUUGAACCUUGGUUUGCAACUCCUUUUUUAUAGUACGGUUUUCCUUGUAGUAAUCAAUAAUUGUUAUUUUUUUGUUGUCAUAAUUCUGCCAGGUAAGCAGUGGUGGUCAAAAAAAACAUUCGUGGGACCGCUUGUGUUAAAUCUCUGGACAAUUUGUCAAGUAACCAUCUGGUUUUGGUAGAUAAAGAACAGCAGAAGUGGGAAGUCUGGUCUUAGCAGAUAGGUUGCAAUUGAUUACACAAAGGCACGAAAUCUGAUUUUGCAAAAUCUUUCAGGCUGUGGGAAAACCUCGUUUUGCAAACUGGUAUCAAAUAUAAAUUACUUAGAAAGCACAAUAUAUAUAACAGGGGGAUUUAAACAGGAUGGUUUUAAUAAUAUAUUUCACUUUAUCUAGUUCCAUGUCUUACCUGAAUACAAACUCCAAAACUUAAGAUUAACACGAAUCUUUUAUCAAUUAUCACAGGUGCAUGGGGGAUAGCUCCUCCAAAAACAUGCACACCUUUGGCGACCUGCGCCUCUCCUUUUAUUCUCCACAAACUGGGACUACACAAUACCCCUCCUACAGAUUCAUUGCCUAUCGCCGCUUCAUUCUGAAAUGAACUCCUCGCCUCUUUGCCGCUGCGCUUUGUUCCUUUUUGGUUGCUCUGGUGGUCAUCUGGGGGUCUUUGGGAUGAAGGAAAUAGUCUCCUAUCAGAAGAACUCUUCACCUUGCCUCCUUGGCCAUGCUCUCUUUUUCAUACUUUGGUCAUUUUCCGGACUUUGAUACCAGUUUUCCAGGUUUCCGGGGUCUGAGGACCGCCUUAUCCUGUGGUGCCUUUGUCCUUGCAUCCUCUUUGCGCACUCUAACUCUUGAUCUCACCCUGGGGCCUUGCUCUCCUCUUUUUCUACUGUAAGCACCAUAAAUUACAGUAAAGGUACAGUUUUGUCAGCCGGCUUUUAGUCAAAGCAAUUCUUGAUGCUUGAUUCUCAACUUCUCUAUUUCACGAGUCCCCCCAAUUUCACCUAAUUCCCGCAGCCCCCCAGAAUCCAUGGAUUCCCUCGCUUUCCUCUGUGCCCGCCACGUCGUCGCCCACCACCCUCUUCCCGCCCUUCCUUCUGGUCUCUAUCCCAUCCUUUUCCAAGUGGCAUUCCUGGAUGGGAGACCCCUGGUCCUGCGAGAUUUGGUGGCCACUUGGCCUUUCUCAGAGCUCCACUCCCAGAAGCUCGUUGGGCACCACAAGCUGCUCCGGGAUCAUUCCUGCAAGGACUGUGUCCAGGCCGUCAUCCAGGCUGUGGUGGAGCAGCUCAAGCGGGAGCUGGAAGAGCCUGGCUGCCAUUCCAGCCUGCGCAUGCUGGACAUGACUGGACUCUCGGAUUCUGUGCCUGGCCGCACUCCUGCUGGGUUGAAUACCUCGUUCAUCACCGGUGUUUUGGCCAAGGCUUGCGUGGAGGUGUCCAAGUACCAGCAGGAAUUCCAGUGGUGUGGAUUCAAGCGGCACAAAGGCCAUUCUGGAGCAGCCACAGCCGCUCCACAGUCCCCGGGUGUGGACAUCCACGCCGACCUGUGUAUCGAUGUAUGGUCGGACAAGUUGCAGUGCGAUGCGCUCCAGGCUGGAGCCGCCGGCCUGUUGCGCCUCAAGUGCCGCGAAUUCCAAGCAGGGUACAUUCCGGCAUCCAGGAUUGUGACUUUGUUGGAAUCUCUGGAUCCGUCCUCUCUGCGGAGGGUGAAUCUCUGCUUCAGCAGUUUAGGAUUGACUGGGCUGUCAGUGAUCCUGCCACACCUCUUCCGCUUCCCGGAGUUGCGCAGCCUCAAGCUCUGGUACUGUGACGUGGACCUGCGGCACCCAACACCAGACAUGGCCAAGAGAAUCCGCUGCGUGUCCAGGCAGCUGGGAAUGCUGUCCAGCCUCCGGGAGCUCAACCUGCGAUCUUCCCCGCUGUCCGGGAAUCUGUGCCACAUCCUCUGCGACCUCCAGGCUCCAUUGGAAAGCUUGGAAUUGGCCUUCUGCUCCCUCCUUCCCACCGACCUUGCCUUCCUCUCCCAAAGCUUCCAUGCUCCGGCCCUCAAAAUCUUGGAUCUGAGCGGCCACAACUUCUCCCAAGGCCUCCUGGAGCCGCUCCGGCUCCUCCUGGAGAAAACCUCGGCCUCACUGCUGUACCUGGAUCUCAUGGGAUGCUUCAUGACCGACUCCCACCUGGACAUGCUGAUCCCGACGUUCCUGCGCUGCUCCCGCCUGCGCUUCCUGGGACUCUACCACAAUCCCCUGUCCAUGGCUGCGCUCAAGGAUCUGCUCCAGAAAACCUUAGAGCUUCCGGAUCUCCAGCUGGUCAUGUAUCCUCAUCCCAAGGAAUGCUACAGGGGGGACCCAUCGCGAUUUGGUUGGGAUUUUAAAGAGGAUGUGGAUGAGGAACUUUUGGCGGCAGCCGCUGCAGAGAUUUCCCAGCUGCUGGAGAAUUCCGGGAGAACCAACCUUGUCUGGACUUACAAACCCAAUGCCCACAUAGCCCUGGACUACUUCUCCUUUUGAUUUGGGAAAAAUAUCAGAGGCCAGAAAAGCUCGGAGCCUCUAUCAUGAACAAGUGCCACCACCUCCCUCCUGAAGUCUGGGCAUUUUCUGCCUCAUCCCAAUGUUUUUCUGCCUGAUCCUGAGAUUUUUCCCUGGUUUCAUAACUUUUCUGCCACGUUUUGAAGUUUUUGUGCUCCAUCCAGAUAGUUCUCCUUUCAUCCCGAUAUUCUCCCCCUCAUCCCAGUAUGUUUCUUCCCAUUUCUUUAUUUAUUGCCAUGUUUUUUCAGCCCAUCCUUGUAUUUUUCCACCUCAUCCCAUUUAAUAAUUUUUCCAGGGACUCCCCUAAACGAAACCUGCCCCA